AUGUCCAUGAGGCUGCUGGAGGAGGUGCCCUUGGAGGUGCUGCGGCAGCGGGAGUCCAAGUGGCUGGACAUGCUCAACAACUGGGACAAGUGGAUGGCCAAAAAACACAAGAAAAUCCGACUGCGGUGCCAGAAGGGGAUCCCGCCCUCGCUGCGGGGCCGUGCCUGGCAGUACCUCUCGGGGAGCAAGGUCAAGCUGGAGCAGAACAUGGGCAAGUUUGAUGAGCUGGAUGUCCUGCCAGGGGAGCCGAAGUGGCUGGACGUGAUCGAGCGGGAUCUCCAUCGGCAGUUCCCCUUCCACGAGAUGUUCGUCUCGCGCGGAGGCCAUGGGCAGCAGGACCUGUUCCGGGUGCUGAAGGCGUACACGCUGUACCGCCCCGAGGAGGGGUACUGCCAGGCCCAGGCCCCCAUCGCCGCCGUGCUGCUCAUGCACAUGCCAGCCGAGCAAGCCUUCUGGUGCCUGGUGCAGAUCUGUGAGAAGUACCUGCCUGGCUACUACAGUGAGAAGCUGGAGGCCAUUCAGCUGGAUGGGCAGAUCCUCUUCUCACUGCUGCACAAGGUCUCACCUGUGGCCUACAAGCACCUGAGCAAGCAGAAGAUCGACCCCAUCCUCUACAUGACAGAGUGGUUCAUGUGCGCCUUCUCCCGCACCCUGCCCUGGAGCUCCGUCCUGCGCGUCUGGGACAUGUUCUUCUGCGAAGGGGUGAAGAUCAUCUUCCGGGUGGGCCUGGUGCUGCUCAAACACACCCUGGGCUCCUCGGACAAGCUCAAGUCCUGCCAGGGCCAGUAUGAGACCAUGGAGAGGCUGAGGGCCCUCAGCCCCAAGAUCAUGCAGGAGACCUUCCUGGUGCAGGAGGUCAUCGAGCUGCCGGUGACAGAGCUGGAGUCACCCGGGGUGGCCCUGCCCUGCCCCGGCCUCACCCAGCCCGGGGGCUGCCCCUGUUUGAAGUGUAAAUGGGAGGAUGCUGAGACCUGCCUUAACUUGUGA